AUGGAGGUCUUCCUGGCAAGGCUGCCCCCCAUCGAUGAAGACCAACUCAGGAAGGAGCUGAAGCCACAUUUGGAGGCCCUGAGCAUUUCUGAAUACUACUGUUCCAAGCCCCGAGGAAAGGAUAUUGCUUGGGUCAGGUUUGUCGACGCCUCCGAUGGAUCUAGAUUUCUCCAGAGACACGGCGAAUUGCUACCGAGUGACGGCCGUAGCGCCUUCCUCAGAGCCUCCUCACGUAGGCUCCUCAUUGCAAAUUCCCUAGUGGUCGCUAAGGAAAGCAAUCGUCAGCUUGACGAAAAGUUCCUGGAUCAUCUCAAGCUGGAGCAGAAGCGGAGAGCCGAAAAGGCUCAGAAAGCUGACAGGAAAAACCAGCCAGCCGCUGCUUCUUCAUCAUUUACCGUUUCCUCUGUAGCCUGCGGCAAGAACAUUUUCGUCCAAAAGGACAGCCAACUUUCAUUCGUGUCGCAGACCUCGACAUCCACCUCGUGCUGCGCGAAGAUCACUCGCCGCGCAUUGAUUGUUGGUUCAGAUGCUGACGGGUUCCGAAUCGACAUCCCGUACAACAUCAUUCAAGACUUUAUCGUCGCCUGGCAAUGCCAGAAAAUUACACUGGUAUUGACUGAAGCCCCCAGGUUCUAUGAAAUCGUCAAAAGCCAGACAGUUGAUGCGAAUUAUGAACUAAUGGAAAAGCGAGGAUGGGCGAGAGAAACGCAUUUUGCCAAAUUGCCGGGCCAUACGAGAUGCGUCCCGCAAUGUUUGGUAUACCAAUUCCAGGUCGCUGACCAAGACUUUGAGCAACUUGUCCGGCGCUGGACAAAUCAAAAGUAUGUAUCAAUCACAAGAUAUGAUCUUCUCGCAGAGCCGUAUACAGGGAUCCCCGAUGAUUUUUACGCAAGUUGGAUGAAGGUAUUCGAGAGCGAGCUCAAAGAUCCCACGAGACACAGAGGGUUGCCGUUUCCAUUCUUGUUCCAGGUUCAGGGGCUCGUUUGGAACAAUUACCUCCAUCCCUCGGAUGGACAUCGGAUGUUGGAGGGAAUGGCUGGAGCUAUUCGAGUUUGUCGUGCAAAGGGGGCUGGCCUGCCUUUCAGUGUCGAAUCAAUGAAGAGGCUGCGCCAGCGGAUUCCAUACCCUUGCCCUGGAGUUGAGCCAGGGCAGCUCGAUGUAUCCGAGCUUUUGGAGAUCAUCCUUAAUAAGGAAAUAAUACCUAGCAAAGGUGGCACACCGCAGAGUGAGUGUUAUAGAACAACCCUACCCUCCCAUCAAGCUUGGGUGAUGAGGGCCAUCGUCACCCCUACCCGGAUUCUACUCGACGGACCAGACCCCGAGAGCAAAAAUCAGAUACUAAGGAAGUAUUCCCAUUACGCAGACUAUUUCCUUAGAUGCAGCUUUUGUGAUGAAGAUGGCCAAGAUUUAGCAUUCAACCCUAACGUGUUGAACGAUCGUAUAUAUGACCGAUACAAAGAGGUGAUGAGGGCAGGCAUCCAAAUUGCAGAUCGAAGGUAUAUGUUUCUGGGAUUUUCGCACUCGUCACUGCGAGCCCAUUCUGUCUGGUUCAUGGCGCCAUUUAUGGAUGAUAAAUGGGGGUUACAAAGCUGUAGCUCUGUCAUCAGAGGGCUCGGCGAUUUUGACGCUAUCAGAGUGCCCGCGAAAUGUGCAGCGCGGAUUGGCCAGGCAUUCUCAGAAACACCAUUCUCCGUGCCUGUUUCCUCACUUGGGAUCGGCUCACGUUCUAUCCCUGAUGUAAAGUCGAAGGAUGGGUCUCGAGUGUUCAGCGAUGGUGUAGGGACCAUUUCAGCCGAAGCCAUGGAGCUGUUCUGGGAGUAUCUCCCACCCCAAUUGAAAACCACGGCCCCUACUUGUUUCCAGAUUCGCUGGGCAGGGGCCAAAGGAAUGAUAGCGCUGGAUUCUAGUUUGAAGGGAAAGGUUUUUUGUAUCCGAAACGAGUCGAUGAGAAAGUUUAUCAGCAGCGAUGUUGCCGAAAUGGGUAUCUGCGACACAUCGUCGCGACCACUUCGUCUCUGGCUUAACCGUCCGAUGAUCAAGAUACUGGAAGAUAUGGGCACUAACCCUGAGUGGUUCUUGGAAUUGCAGAAAAAGGAGCUCGAGAACUUGCGGGCUGUCACUGUCGACAUAGCCAAGACGAGCGUCUUCUUGCGGCAGCAAUCCAUAGCGACACCGAUGGGAUUUCCAAGUUUCCUGAAACAUCUUGAUGGAAUUGAUAUUGAUUAUCGAGACGACGAUUUUAUGAGGGCUGUGGUGGAAAAUACGGUCUUGAGAGAACUUCGCUCACUCAGGCACAAAGCACGUAUUCCCGUUAACAAAGGCGUUACUCUUUUCGGCAUUAUGGACGAGACGGGUUUUUUGAAAGAGAACGAAGUAUACAUCACAUUCGACAAGAGCCAGGAGAAAAUAUCCCGGCUUCCAAGGGAAGGACCGGUUCUGGUGACUCGCUCACCAGCAUUGCACCCGGGUGAUAUCCAACUUGUGCAGCUGGCUCGCCCACCCAAGGAUAGCCCUCUCUGGGACUUGCAGAACUGUAUAGUCUUCAGCCAACAUGGCGAAAGAGACGUUCCAAGCAAACUCAGUGGCGGUGAUCUGGAUGGCGACAUAUACAACGUUAUAUGGGACUCUGAGGCGAUGCCCAAGAAGCCAUUUGAUCCGGCGGACUACCCCAGGGUGACUGCUCCAACUCUCGACCGACCGGUGACGAGCAGGGAUAUAAUCGACUUCUUCAUCAAUUUCAUGAAGACGGAUAUUCUGGGAUUGAUUGCGACUAGACACGUCACGAUGGCAGAUUACAACACCGAGGGUACGCUGAGCUCUGAAUGUCUCGAUCUAGCAGAGCUGCACUCUACAGCGGUCGACUCCUCCAAAACAGGAAUACCAGUUGAUAACCGCUCCCUUCCCAAAGCGCCUAGAUACAGGCCGGAUUUUCUAUCCCCAGCCACCCCGUUGAAGGUUUAUGAUAUUGGUCAGGUUGAACUCAAUGAAGAGGACGAUGACGAUGGUGAUGAUGAUGGUAUGGGGGUAGUCAAGCACCGGUAUUACGAAUCGAAGAAAAUCCUGGGGAGGCUAUAUCGAUCGGUGGAUGAAAAGAAGAUAUGGGCGGAAGAUGUAAAACAACACGACAGGGCAGAAGGCGGUGAUAUCUGGGAGGAACUUCUUAGCAUUCCAAAAACGCUUGUGUGGAAGAACAAACUCGACGUCGAUUAUAAACGGCAAACCGAUAAGGCCUGGGAGAUCCGCAACAUGUAUGAAUCGUCGGUGAGCGAUCUGAUGUACCAGUUUUCAGAGAACCCCAGGAGGCCAAUCAGUGAGGUCGAGGUGUUUUGCGGCUUCAUUCUAGACAGGCACGGGAAGCAGACGCGCCGCCAGAGGGACUUGUCGAGCAAGCUGCGCGAGGAGAUAGACCGCACGAUGUCGUGGAUCGUGAAAAUGAUGCAGGAUCCCGAAGGCGACGAGGGAGAGGAUAGCGUGUCGAGGCAAAAGGGUGUCCUCGAGCUGUGCUGGGCUUGUCUGGUUGUCGGAUGCGUCGAUGACAACGAGAGAAUGAACAGCGAGUACACGGUUGGGGGGUUGAGAAGCUUCAGAAUACUGGCCGCUGGCUGCGUGUUCAAACAACUAGAACUGUUCUUAAGCAUGAUCCCGCAAGACGGGAAAGAGCCAGCUACGGGAGGUUUCGUGGGUGUGCGGGGAGGAAGCGGAGGGAAGAAGGUGACCCUGCCACUUCGAUGA